AUGUCUAGCGCUCGCGAAGAGCUGAGAAUUGUCAAUAUCCAUGACAGAGACUUUCAGAAGUAUUCCGUCGACAACCGAAUAUACUGUGUCCCAGUAGACGACUAUGAAGAAGAAAGAUUGCACUUACAGCAUGAGUUACUUUUGAGAGUCUGUGAUCAAAAGUUAUUCUUUCCCCCUAUUGAGUAUCCCUUGUCAGUACUGGACUGUGGUUAUGGAAGAGGCGAAUGGGCGGUGGCUAUGGCAGAGAACUACGAAGAAUGUGAGGUGACUGGAAUUGACAUCUAUCCAAUCUCUUUACCAGACGAACCAGAUAACCUCGAUCUUUUCGGUUACAAUCUCAAUGAUAGGCUGACUGAAGUAUGCAAUCGAAAUUCCUACGACCUAGUCCAUUCGAGAUUCGUCGCACCCGGUAUAAAGGCCAAUCGGUGGCCGUCUUACACCAGAGACAUGAAAGCUUUAUUGAAACCCAACGGUUGGGUACAGAUGAUGGAAUAUUACCCAAACAUCCAAUCAGAUAAUGGAAGACUUUCAAGACAGUCUGCACUUACGAAGUGGUGGAGAAAAUAUGCCGCAGCAAUGGAGGCAAUGAACAGGAACCCCAGAAUAGGGACCCGGCUCCAGGAUUUGAUGAGGGAUGCCGGACUACGAGACGUUAGGGGGACAGCUUUGCAUCUGCACAUAGGUGAUUGGGACCAAGACCCCGUAAAGGCGAGUAUUGGAAGAGAUAAUGCCGAGCAGGUUAGAGAGCUUCUCGAGUCCUUGGCUGUCUGGCCGUUACCAGAGCUUCCAGAUUGGGACAUUACGAAAGUCAAUGCUCUCGUGGACGAUGCACGCGCUGAAAUUCGCGACAGGACAUUGAAAUUGUAUAUUACAGUCUACGUUGCCUGGGGUCGCCGUAGCAGUCGGGGAUGA